GCAUCUAUUUUCACUCUGAAGUUAACCCGUGGGUGCCGAUCACGUUUCUCGUCCAUAAACUGUAUUUAAUAUUAAAUAUAUUUAAUAGUUAAUUAAACCACAAUCAAGAUGAUGCAACCACAAAUUUUGCUCCUGAAGGAAGGAACUGACACAUCUCAGGGCAAGCCCCAAUUGGUCUCGAACAUAAAUGCCUGCCAGUCAGUGGUGGAUUCAGUGAGGACAACUUUGGGUCCCCGUGGCAUGGACAAAUUGAUUGUAGACAAGAACGGAAAAGCCACAAUCUCCAAUGACGGAGCCACAAUCAUGAAACUGCUUGACAUCGUGCAUCCAGCUGCAAAGACUUUAGUAGAUAUUGCCAAAUCACAGGAUGUGGAGGUCGGGGAUGGCACAACCAGUGUUGUUCUGCUCGCUGGAGAAUUCUUGAAGCAAAUCAAGCCUUACGUUGAGGAGGGUGUCCACCCAAGGGUUAUAAUUAGGUCUGUCCGCGUUUCGUUGCAGCUGUGCUUGGAGAAGAUCAGCGAGAUGGCUGUGAAAAUUAGCAAGGGAAACGCAGACGAAUUCCGCUCGCUUUUAGAGAAGUGCGCCGCCACCGCGAUGAGCUCCAAACUGAUCCAUCAACAGAGGGAUUUCUUCUCCAAGAUGGUCGUGGACGCUGUUUUGAUGUUGGACGAGUUGUUACCACUCAACAUGAUUGGUAUCAAGAAAGUCACCGGCGGAGCUUUAGAGGAUUCUAUUCUCGUCGCCGGAGUUGCGUUCAAGAAGACUUUCUCGUAUGCCGGUUUCGAGAUGCAACCGAAAACAUACAAGAAAUGUAAAAUUGCCCUUUUGAAUAUCGAAUUGGAAUUGAAGGCCGAGCGAGAUAACGCCGAAAUCAGGGUUGACAGCGUGAAGGAGUACCAAAAGAUCGUCGACGCCGAAUGGAACAUUCUGUACAACAAGUUGGCCAAGAUCCACGAGUCCGGAGCGCAAGUGGUGUUAUCCAAGUUGCCGAUUGGCGACGUCGCCACUCAAUACUUCGCCGACAGGGACAUGUUCUGCGCCGGUAGAGUGCCCGAGGAGGAUCUGAGGCGUACGUUGAAGGCUUGCGGAGGAGCCGUGAUGACCACCGUCCACGACCUGAAGGAUUCCGUGUUGGGAACGUGCGAGACGUUCGAGGAGAGGCAGAUCGGCGGCGAGAGGUUCAACAUCUUCCAGGGCUGCCCGAACGCCAGAACUUGCACGAUGAUCCUCCGCGGUGGAGCCGAGCAAUUCUUGGAGGAGACCGAGAGAUCGUUGCACGAUGCCAUCAUGAUCGUCAGGCGUACCAUCCAGAACGAUUCCGUCGUCGCCGGCGGCGGAGCCAUCGAGAUGGAACUGUCGCGUAUGCUUCGCGAUCACAGUCGCACUAUCGCCGGCAAGGAGCAGCUGCUCAUCGGCGCCAUCGCCAAGGCCCUCGAGAUCAUUCCAAGGCAACUGUGCGAUAACGCCGGUUUCGACGCUACCAACAUCCUCAACAAGCUCAGGCAGAAGCACGCACAGGGCAACUGCUGGUACGGCGUUGACAUCACCAAGGAGGAUAUCAGCGAUAACUUUGAUUCGUGCGUAUGGGAGCCGGCCAUCAUCAAGGUGAACGCCCUCACCGCCGCCUGCGAAGCCACAUGCUUGAUCCUCUCCGUCGACGAAACCAUCAAGAACCAAAAAUCCGUGGACGCCGUCCCGCAGAUGGGCAGAGGAAUGGGCAGGCCCAUGUAAAACAAACAACAAAAAAAACAACUAAAACAAAGAUUAAUUAAUAAAGAAGAAGAUGGAGAAGAAAACAUACAAAAAAAAAAGAACUCUAAUCAUAAAUAUUAAUAUUUAAAACUAUUCUCACGUAAUCACACGCAUUUCUUUCGUUUUUAUCUCAUAUUUCUAAUAAAGCUUAACAUCAA